AUGGCGUCACGUGCCGGGCCCAGAGCCUCAGGGACAGACGGCAGUGACUUUGAGCACAGAGAGCGUGUGGCCCGUCACUAUCAGAUGAGCGUCGCUCUGAAAUCUGAGAUUCGGAAGCUCAACCUCGUCCACGUGCUCCUCUGGUUUCUGAUGGCGGCGCAGGUGGUGGUGAGUCAGCUGGGCCUGGUCUCCCACAAGCUGGUGGCCUCUCCGUACCAGUGGCAGUACCCUUACCUCCUGAGCCUGGUGCCCACGGUCUUCAGCGUCCUGGCCCUGCCCCGGAACAACAUCAGCUACCUGGUGGUGUCCAUGAUCAGCGCGGGGCUGUUCUGCGUGGCGCCGCUGCUGUACGGCUGCAUGGAGAUGUUCCCGGUGGCGCAGCAGCUGUACCGCCACGGGAAGGCCUACCGCUUCAUCUUCGGCUUCUCCGCGGUCUCCGUCAUGUACCUGGUCAUCGUCAUCGCAGUGCAGGUCCACGGCUGGCAGAUCUACUACAGUAAGAGGCUGCUGGACCAGUGGUUUAGCAGCACGCAGGAGAAGAAGAAGAAAUGA